GACAAAAUAUAAAUGUAAAUUUGGCUUCUUUUCUUCUGUAUAUAUACAGGUACUAAGGAUUGUCUUGACAUAUAGUUAGCAAGAUCAGUGUGUAGGUAGCUCAUAUCAUGAAGUUGGUAAUCGCUUCUGUGUUUCUCAUAGCUGCAGCUUCAGCUGCUGUUGUUCCAGUUGAUCCCUCUCAUCAACCACAUGUUGGUCAACAUGUACACAAUCUUCCACAAGCAUACCAGUCAGGCAGACCUGUAGAACAAUCACAUCCAGCACCAGUGUCUGGACACAACCAAGAGCAUCCUAGAGACUUUGGUCAUCAUUUAAUUCCACAAAAUCAACAACCCCAACACCCAGCCCAUUUUGGACAACAUAACAAACCUGUAGAGCCAAACUCACAACCAUCAUCAUUAGUUGGUCAGCGAUCUGCUGGUUUCGGCCAACAUCUUGACAGACCAGUCACUCAUAAAACAGGAAAUGAAUACAAGUAUGAUAAACAUGCUACCAACUAUCACAAUGCUCAAGAAUCGAAAAUUUUAAGAUAUGAAUCAGAACAAGAUCCCGAGCAGGGUUACAAAUUUGGAUACCACACAAGUCACGGCAACGAAGAAGUUCAAAGGAGCGAAGAAGCACAAAUAAGAAGAAUUGACGAGGAACAUGCAUCAGUUGCAGUACAAGGUGUUGUUGAAUAUGUUAACCAUGAAGGCAAAGGUGUAAGAUGGACCUACACUGCUGAUGAAAAUGGAUACCACCCAUCUGAAAUUACAGUUACAUAAAUAAUUUUAUAUGUGAUGAAAAAAGUACAAAAAUAUAAAAAUAAACCUUUGAAUAUA